AUGCCCCCCCACAAAAUCUUCCUCAUCCCCGAAAUCCUCGAACAAAUCCUCCUCCAAACACCCCCCCAAACCCUCCUAACCGCCGCCCAACGCACCUCCCAGACCUGGCAUGCACUGAUAACCACCUCCCCCAAGCUCCAAGAAGCCCUCUUCUUCAAGCCCAAAAAGCCCCUAACCCCCAGCAGCAGCAGCAGGAGCAACACAACCCACCGCACCCUCAACCCCCUCCUCACCCCCAAAAUCUGGCCGCACCUCUUCCGCAAACGCCUCGACUCCCAACCAGCAAUAGCAACAGCAGCAACCACAAACUACGGCUACACCUUACCCCCCGCGGACCCCCUCGAAGCGGAACUCUACCUCCGGCCCGACGCCAGCUGGCGCCGCAUGCUCGUACAGCAGCCGCCGACCUCGUCCAUCGGCGUCUUCGUCAUGCACUCCUCGUGGAUAGCCAGCGACGACGACGUGGCGCCCGCGAACGUCUUCAAGGUCGAGGUGGAGUUCCUGACCCUGGGCCAUCUGCAUUGGUCAGCUGUGGUAGGCGGGUCUCUGUUGCCGUUGGAGAGGGCAGGCUGUUUUUGGGACCGGGCGGAUUAUUAUACGGCGAAGGAUGUCGCAUGGCGUAGGGAGAUCGAGUUGGCGCUGGACAGGUAUAGGGACAAGCUCCUACCGUUCUUUGUCGCCGAAAACAAGGGCUCUCUUCGGAGUUGGCGUGAUGGCUUGGGCGUCGAUUGGCCUCUGGGUUUUACCGGAAGUAGAAGGCGCCAUGGGCAUGGCUCCAACAAAGCAGGAGCAGGAAGAGUUGGAUCAUUGUGGUCGGCCGAGUCAACUUCAUCGUGUGACCGUAGGCUCAAAUCAAAGCUCCGGGACUGUCGGCGGGAGCGGACGCCCAUUGGGAAUCGAAAUGACGGGAUGUCAGCAACGGACGGACGCAAGGAGGGGCGAAGAAAGGUUGGCAAGGCGCCUCACUACCGUACCUCUUGUUCAUCGCGUGUUGCGGGCUGUCAGAAGUUUGUUUGGCGCAACACAACAUCCGGAGACCGUUUCGUGAAACCGAGAUACAAUGCAUGGAAUGUUGGAGUGAGAACAAAGAGGCGGGCUGGUAAGACGGGGUAG